AUGGUGACGUUACGCUCAGAACGUCAAGAAUUGAAAGGCAUGGAGGAUCAAGUAAAUGUGUGCAAGAUAUGCAAGCAACAGUCACAACGUGUGACAAUGAAUUGUGCAGUCUGCUUCGAGCGUUUCCAUUUGGGUUGUCUUACGCCUCCACUGCGUCGCCGACCGCAAUUGAUCGAUGCCUGGAAAUGUAUUGACUGCAAUAAGGAAACAAAAGGUGAUGAUAAUAAAGCUGUGAAUAAUAGGAAGAACAAGAGGAAUGAGAUUGUGGAGUACGUAAUAGAGCAACGAAUACAAGUGAUACCCAAGAGACGUUGUGUGACGACAAGGUCCAAGCAGAAGGAAGAAAAACGAGAGGCAAGACAAGAAACGAAUAGUAUGCCUUUUGUGUGCCAAUAUAGGAAGGCUGCAAUGAAGAAAAAGGCCAAGCUACUACCAACAAAUGGUCGAACAGCUUGUCUUACUUCGUCUCGGAAGGUGGCAGUUGAAUUCAGUGAUGACGAAGACGAGGACGACGAUGACAACGACAAUGACAGUGAUUAUGUCGGUGAGAGCCUGUCUGAAGAAGAAGAAGACGACGAAGAAGAAAACAAUGUGACAAGAGUGAUUAGUAAUGAUGAAAAACAAAAGCUGUAUAGAAAGCGUCCGGCGGUGAAGAAAUCUCCUGCGAAGCAAAAGAGCAGAGUGAAUCGCCGAGUGAAAGAAGAGACUGCUACUUCUCCUCAUAUUGCUGCGAAUGACAAUGCACAUAUUAGUGACGCUGACUCGUUGGAUAUUGAGAUUGUUGGCGAGGACGAAAGCUUAGAGGAUGUCGAUGUAUACGACGGUCCCCACUACUUCAUUGAGUACGCGGCCAAUUCAAGAGCAAAGUGUAAAAGCUGCGAGCAAAAGCUUCUUGUAAAGCAGCUCCGAGUCGGUGUGAACAUUCGUCACUCGAUGUUUGGCGACACCACAUACUACAAACACUUGGAAUGUACAGCGAUUGGACUGUUAGCUGGAAUUGAGACCAAGCAAUCGAAAGAAAAUUCCGACACCAAUGAUAUCGUUGAGACAUCUACGCAAAAGAAGCAUGACGAUCCGAUUGAUGGGUUAUCACUGCUUCAAUGUGCAGAACAGAAGCUUGUCCUUGAGUACAUGGAGCGAAACGAUAUCAAUGGUGUAAUUGAUGAACGCGUGCCACUCGCAGACGACCACUUUAACAAGAAAGGUCGGAUGCCAGAGAAACAGCCGUCAAAGUACUUGACUGCUACCCUUCUCCCGUAUCAGCGAGAAGCACUGGCGUGGAUGGUUGGGCAGGAGGAAAGCGAUUACAAAGGCGGCAUUCUUGCAGAUGAAAUGGGGAUGGGUAAGACGAUUCAGGCAAUAGCGCUCAUACUGGAAAAUCCUCGAGAGGAAGAUUUGUCGUCAAAAGGCAAAGCUGUUAGAGAUCGAAAAGCUGCGAUUGCACGUGGUGGCACACUUGUCGUCUGCCCUCUUGUUGCUGUUAUGCAGUGGAAGAGCGAGAUCGAGCGGUUUGUGGAACCUGGUCAUCUUUCUGUGUACAUUCAUCACGGUCCCAAGCGUUUGGACUUGGCGGCGAAAAUUGCAUCAUACGAUAUUGUGCUGACGACUUACUCUAUUAUCGAGAAUGAGAUUCGUAAAACAAUUGGCUGGUCGAAGGUCGCGUCAAAAAAGAAGCCGAAAAAGAGAGCUGCUGGUGAAACGAGUGAAGAAGAGGAAGAAGAGGAGGAUGACGAUGUGAAAAAGUCAAUUCAAAAGCCAAAAAGUCGAGUGAAUUGGCGCUCAAAGAACCAAAACGAUGACAAGAAAAGCACAUUUCCGAAGGAAAAAGGCAAAUCACCUCUUCAUCACAUUCAAUGGACGCGAAUUGUUCUUGACGAGGCUCACUAUAUAAAAGAUCGCAAUUGCAAUACUGCACGAGGCGUUUUCGAGUUGCAGUCCAACUAUAGAUGGUGCUUGUCAGGUACGCCUUUACAAAAUCGUAUCGGCGAGUUGUUUUCUCUUGUUCGGUUUAUUCGUGUAAAAAGAUACGCAUAUUAUCAUUGCAAUAUGUGUGACUGUCAGAUGCUGGACUACAAUUUUCCGGAUAAGAAAUGUGUGCAAUGCUCCCACAGCGCGAUUCAGCACUAUUCGUUCUUUAACAAAAAAGUGGUUAUCCCGAUUCAAUCGUAUGGCUAUGUUGCUGAGGGUAAGCUUGCAAUGCAAAGACUGCAAAAUGAUGUUCUACAGCACAUUUUACUACGACGUACGAAAGAAGGUCGUGCAGAUGAUAUUUCGCUUCCACCUAAGCUCAUUCGUAUUCGAAAGGAUUGUCUAGACGAGCGCGAGAACGAUUUCUAUGAAGCAAUUUACACUCAGAGUCAAGCGCAGUUCAACACCUAUGUGUCGUCAGGAACGCUGCUAAAUAACUAUGCUCACGUCUUUGAUCUCCUUAUACGUCUUCGCCAGGCGGUUGACCACCCCUACCUUGUUAUAUAUUCCAAGUCAAAUCCAGCUCUCCAGCUUCCAAACUCCGCUGUCCCAUUGACGGAAGAGCAGCCCUUUGGUACAAGUGGAGGUUGCAGCUCCGAAGACGAGAGAUUGUGCGCAAUCUGUCACGAAUGCGUCGAAGAUGGCGUUAUUGCAAAGUGUGGGCACGAAUUCUGCCGGGAGUGUGUAAGGGAGUACAUUGAGUCGCUUCCAUCUGGUGGUGAGGCAACUUGUCCAACGUGUUCAAAGCGUUUAACUGUUGAUCUAUCCCUCGUGGUCGAAGAAACGGAUACUACUGAUGCACCCAACGAGCGUACUCGUUGGUUGAGUAGCCGAUCACGUAAGGCUGUGAACCUAUCGAGUUUUCAUCGAAACAGCAUUCUCCACCGAAUAUCCGACAUUCACGCUUUCCAGUCCAGCACAAAGAUAGAAGCGUUAAUGCAGGAGCUCGAGCUCAUGCGUGUCCGUGAUCCCUCAGGAAAAGCCAUUAUCUUUUCACAGUUUGUUAAUAUGCUUGAUAUAAUUCACCAUCGACUGCAACUCGGUGGCGUCAAUUGUGUAAAAUUAUCUGGCAACAUGAGCAUGAGUGUGCGAGAUCGAACGAUUAAAGCUUUUCGUGACGACCCAACCGUGACGGCAUUUUUGAUUAGUCUCAAGGCUGGUGGUGUUGCACUUAACUUGACUAUCGCGUCACACAUUUUCUUAAUGGAUCCGUGGUGGAAUCCUGCCGCUGAAAACCAGGCCAUUGAUCGUACUCAUCGGUUGGGUCAGUUUAAGCCGAUUCAAGCUACUCGCUUUAUUAUUGCUGGAACCGUUGAAGAACGCAUCUUGAAGCUUCAAGAGAAAAAACGCUUGAUUUUUGAAGGGACCGUUGGUGCAAAUGUAAGCGCAAUAUGCCGCCUUACGGAAGAAGACCUUCGAUUCCUCUUUGCAUCGUAA